AUGCUGCGGGCAUAUGGUGCACUGCUUGUCGUCGUCGCGUCGCUCGUCGCAACAUCGCCUAUCCAAUCGAGAGCGGCGGCAAUACAGCGCAACAUAAUUCACAAUGGCAAUUUCGAGUCGCCUGGUUCUAAAGACAUAAGCGCGCCGAUAAUCUCCGCGGAGGGCGGCGUCGCGCUGCACCCGGUGGAGGGAUGGGAGGUGAAAGAGGGGUCGAUUAAGUACGUGCGCAGCGACACGUGGCGAGCCGCGGAGGGGAGCUACAGCGUGGCGCUGAACGGCGCGGGGCCGGGCGUGCUGAGUCAGCAGGUGGCGACGGAAGAGGACGCGUUCUACGUGCUCACCUUCGCCUUGUCCGCCGACCCUUGCGGCAUCAACGAUCUGCACGCGCUCAACGUCUCAAUCGUCGCGUCGAACACGGACGUAAUCGCGGUGCGCACGCUCGAGGCCGACGCGCUCGGCACGGCGGGCGGCGCGAUGAGCUGGCGCGUGGAGCGCAUCGCGUUCGAGGCGCAGACGGGCCCGACGCGCGUGGAGUUCCGGUCGCUGUCGCCCGGGGAGUGCGGCCCGGUGGUGGAUAACGUGCGGCUCGUCAAACAAGACCCCGUGUCGCUGUUCUUCAAAUCGCCCAACACCGCGUAUCCCGCGGGGACGAUCGCGUCCGUCGAAUCCUCGACGGGCAUCGACGGCUGCGCGCGCCACUGCGUCGCGCUGCGCGAGUGCGUGGGCUUCACCGCGGAUCUCCGCCACCAGCUCUCCGCGCUCCUCAAUGGCGGAAUAGGCGGCGCGGGCGGGAGUGCGGUGCAGUGCGAUCUGAAGCGGCGCAUGGUGAAGCCCGUGCCGGUGGGGCCGUAUGCUACGGACGCGUAUGUGCUGCGAGGCGCGCCGUGCUCGUUCAGCGGUCAUGAACCGGCCGUGUGUCCGCACAUCCUGCCGCUCCCCGGGCUCAUCCCACUCGCCUGCGUGGCCUCGCACCACGUGCGCCGCUCUCCCAGCCACCCCUUCACGGGCACGUGCCGCCCCAUGCAGCGCACCGCCAUGUGUCCGCUCGCAGGGGGGUUCUUCCGCCGCGGCGCGCUCUUCCACGCGCCCCACCGCCUCGCCCUUUCCGCGCCCAUCUCGCGCGGCUCUGCUGCGGCCGUCGCGGCGUUUCUCGGCGCUGGGAGCGGUGCUGCUGGUGCCGGUGUGAUUGGAGGAGGGGGAUUGGGCAGAGCAGGGAUGUUGGGUGUGGUUGGGUCAAUGCCCUUGGACCCUUCUGUACUGCCUCAACCACUCACCGCUGCCACUACUGCAGACGAGGGGCAACGGCAGCAGCAGCAACAGCAGCAGCAGCAGCAGAAAGAGGCUUCAGAAGCGCCAGGAGCAGAUGACUCUGGCGCAGCGUCAAGAGAAGCAGCAGCACAAGUAACAGGGAUGGCAAUAACCCUGGCGUCAGAAGAAGAGUCGUCAGCAGCAGCAUCACCGGAUGUGCUGCCAUCGCGAGUGUGUGCAUGCGAGCCGGGGCAUGGGGGGAUCGCCGUGCUCCGAUGCUGGCAGUGA